UAUGAUUUUUUUUUUCCAAUUGAGCAAAAUGUAGGAAUGGGAAAAGUUACUUCUGGAUUUAAAAAUAAGGAUAGAAGUGCUUCUGGAGUGCAUGGCACGCAGGAUAACCGAUGAUGCCUUGGGACGUAAAGGUCAUGCUGACUUUUGCUUGCGGUGACGUUCAAGACUUGGAUGCUCAUGAAUGAUGCAGCUAUGCCAAAUGCACGUAUAACUAAUCAUCGUUUAUAGAGCUGUGUGUUCUCUUGUGUGGCAUGUACGCUUAAAAUAGGAGAGGGCCUGGAAGGGUAAUUGUAUUUCUUGGGCAUAUAGAUGUUUUUGCAUUUGUUACCUUAAGGAUGAGUUUCCGACUCCUCCUUAACUCCUGGAGGUCGUACUCUGGUAAGCGUUCAGUGACACAGCUUACAAGUAAUGCUGUAAAAUCUAGGGGCAUCAGGUUAAAAAAAAAAAAAAAGCAUUUGUGGAUGGUAGAUGCACAUCUGGCUGGCCCUGGUGUUACUUUUUUUUUAAUGGGGUAAAAUUAUGAUGAUUAAGAUUCUUAUAUACAGAAUAUAUGUGUUUUAUGGGUAAGCUGUCCUGUGUGCAAAGUCAUGUCUUGAUUUUUACUGGAAAACAUCUGAUUUUUCACUGCAAACGUUUUUUAGGUAUUUAAGAAAUGACUAAACUUUAAUUAAAGCAGACAUUCGAUAACAAGAGUUCCUUAACUGACAUUCAAAUAUAUAGUUAAACUUUUUAAGAAGAGAAGCAUUUUCAGAGGAAACUGUGAUUCCUGGGUUAUAUAUAUUAAAAAGAAAUUGAAGCGUUUGAAAAAAUACGAAGGGAUCUUCACUAUAGGCGCAUGGGAAGGAUCUUCCUCAUUCCCUGGUUCAAAUAGUCUUUGUUUCUACUGUACUGUUCAGUUGAAAUCUCCACCUCUGUGGCAAUAUUGAGCUUGAUUUACAUUCCUCAGCCUGGUCUUACUCUCUUUGCAAUCAGUGGCAAAGCCCUUAUUGAUUUGGGUGUCUGCAAAAUCCAUUUCCCUGGAGUAUUGUGCUGCAGACAUAUUGGCCGAAAUAAAUCACUGCUGCACCUCAAAAGCAGGGGGAAGCGUGAGGUCUGGCCAAUCUAUAUAAAUACCAAUCCGUUGUAACUUGCCAGCUAUUAAUAGCCUGCAGUACCAGGUUUUUAUUUUUUUUAUUUUUUAGCCUCUGCUAGUGUCUUUCUUUUGGCCGAUGGAUUACUACAUCUCUUACCCCCGCUCAGCUUUACAGCACUUCACUGCAGACAGUGGUUUCUCUUUCCUUUAGAACAUCCUUACUGGAUCCUUCUGUUUCUGAUGCUGGUCAAAAGUGGAAGCUAAAGGAAAAACAGAGGAGAAGCAUGUUGGAAACUUCUCCCACCGGGAGACAUGCCCCUAGUGUGAAGAACGGUCGCUUUUGUUAAUUUUUAAGGGCGAGUGAAUGAUCAGCUGCUUUCCCUUUCCAGGCUACUCAAGACUUUAUAGUUCUCUAUCCUUUUUGCCCCCUCAGACAUCUUUUUUUCCACUGUUCUUCAUUGAACAGCCAGUCCAUACCUUUGGUGGAUCUCGUUGCCCUUCUCUGAAGCUGCUCCCGUCCUGCUCUGUUGGGGAUGGCGAGAGCGCCCAGAGCCGCGUGCGAGAUGCAGGCAACCCGCGGCCUCCCGCAGCGGCACGACAGUACGCUCUGUCAGUGCUCGCUUCCUUUCCCGACAUCCAUAAAAUUGUAUUUGCUUUCUGGAACAUGCUGAGCUGCACCGAUGCUUUCAUAGAACAGCCUGUCAGCCCAAGAUGUCAUGCCUGCCUGGAAAGGGCAUCUCAGGGCACAUCAUUUUUAGUGUGAAAUUGGAUUUUUAAAAUUUUUUUUGGUGUAUGCAUCACUUUGUCUACAUGGAAUUUCAUCUGCCGCUUUAUUAGCAGGUCUUGGUGUCAUAAGGUCCUUCUGCAGCUCGUCGUAGUCGCUUACCUUCCUCGCCUUGAAUAUCACCAUCAGCAUCCUUAGUCACUUGCUGCUCACAUCACUGUGUUCUAGUUUACUCAUAAAUAAUACGCGGGUCCUAGCAUGUGUCCUCUGACCUCCCUCCACGGCUGGAACUGACUGUUUACUCCUACUCUUUGUUUAUUAUCUUUCACCCAGUUACUCAUCCAUGAAAGGACCGUCCCUUUUCCAGUAUAGCUUUAGUUUCCUUAUAUGAAGCCUUUGAUGAGAGUGUCCCACAAGUCUUGAAAAUCCAAGUAGUGUAUGUUACCUUUUGUAAGGUUGUAUUGACUUUUUUCCCCCAGUGAAUCAUAAUUAUACAGAUAUAGCAGAUGUAUCAGUUAUCCCCUAAUUCUAGUCUGUAUUAUAGUGUUGCCUAAUUUGUUCCAUAUGAAUGUCAGGUUUGGAGGCCUGCAGUUUUCCAGGAUCAUCUUUGGAGCCCUUGUGUUAAAGAUUUGGCAUCAGACUUGCUGCCCUGCGGUUCUCAAGUAUCAAGGCAAUUUUAAGGAAAGCUCUAGCCUUAAAAACUCUUUGAUGGAUACCAUCCAGUCCUGGCAUUGUGUUGCUCUUCAGUUUGGCUCUUUAUUCUGUAACCUCUUCUGUGGUCAUUUCAGUAUGAGACAGAUUUUCCCAUAGCAUCCCCGAAGGAAGGGGCCUUGGCAAAGGAGUUGGAUCUAUCUCUACUACCGUGAAUACAUAUGUAAAGAAUUUGGUUAAUUUUUCUGGUGUGGCAUUGUCCUUUCUCUUUUAGUAGCCCUAAGGAAUGAAGCUUUUGCUGGUGGUGGCUUUCAAUAGGGAGGUUCCCUCAAGGUACAGCUAGGCUAUCUGAAGCAGUAGCAUAGAGUAAUGGCGAAUCCAUCAAAUAGUCAGUGUUCCUUGUUAGGAAUUACUUUACUUUGCAGCUAAUAUCCCUUUUCUUUGAGUGAGUGAGGAGAUGCGCUACCGCAGAUGCUUAAGUACCCGUUGUGUUAAGAAUAUUUUCGUAAGCAAGCCUACUCGUGUUUCUAUUAGAAAACAGUUGGACCACAUGUACGUACCAAUGAUUUAACCCUUCAGAGUACUGGCAAAGCAAUUACUAGCAUAGGUUAAUAGAUCUUUGAGUAUGCACUAGAAAAAAUAGUAAAGCUGUAUCUACAUUUAUCACUGAAGCUUUUUAAUGUGUUAACUCUCUUUUUCUCUCUACUUCAUAAGGUCCUCCGAAGAUUUUAUUCUUGUAAGGCAAAUGAGAAAUUACAUGGAUCGCAACUUCACAGUAUAGUCUUGGCCAGACAUGGGAGCAGACCAGCUCGUGGAGGCCUCUAGUUGUUCAGAAGGAGAUUUUCUCGUUGCUACAGGUAUACUGUUAAGGCUAACCUUUUCCAAGGAAAGCUUGGUACUAGUGUCCUGCUGAAAUUCGGUUUGAUCUGACAGCUUCAGUUGCUCCCCUCUGGGAGUUGCAUCUUAUGGCUGGAAGCAGCACUCCGGAGUACGCCUGUGGUGUAUUUGAAACAUAUUCGAGGCAAAACUCACUCGUGAUCCGAAGUCCGAGCUCAGAUGUGGACUUAGGCCAGGCAAGCGUGUCUCUAACUAGGAGGAAGGCUUCUCCUCUGCUCUUCACAUGGUUUUGAGAAUAACGUAUUCAAUCUCUGGUGCUUAAACGACUCUUGAAGGAUGCAGGCAGAGGCACUGUACGCUGUCUUGCUAGCAAGGAGUGGAUUUCUCAAAAACAUCCAGAAGAGACCUAGAAUCCUCAAGCAAAUUCUGGCUGCUGGAGGCUCCCGAUAACAGAUAAAAUUAUUUGACCACCAUGAGUUGGAGUUUUUUGACCCGCCUGUUAGAGGAGAUCCACAAUCACUCAACCUUUGUUGGCAAAAUCUGGCUGACAGUGCUGAUUGUAUUUCGGAUUGUCCUAACUGCUGUGGGAGGAGAAUCCAUUUACUAUGAUGAACAAAGCAAGUUUGUGUGCAACACGGAGCAGCCUGGCUGUGAGAAUGUUUGUUACGAUGCUUUUGCGCCUCUUUCACAUGUGAGAUUUUGGGUGUUUCAGAUCAUUCUUGUAGCCACUCCAUCUGUGAUGUAUUUAGGCUACGCAAUUCAUAAAAUUGCCCGGAUGGUGGAACACAGCGAAGCUGACAGAAGAAUCAGAAGCAAAAGUUUCUCGAUGCGCUGGAAACAACACCGUGGCUUAGAGGAAGCCGAGGAGGAUCAUGAGGAAGACCCGAUGAUGUACCCAGAAAUAGAGCUGGAAAGUGAGCGGGAGAACAAAGAGCAGCAGGCCCCUGCCAAAGCUAAGCAUGAUGGCAGGCGGCGGAUUCGUGAAGAUGGACUCAUGAAAAUUUAUGUGCUGCAGCUUCUUGCAAGGACUACGUUUGAAAUUGGUUUUCUUGUGGGUCAGUAUUUUUUGUACGGUUUUGAGGUCAGCCCCGUAUUUGUGUGUAGUCGGAAGCCGUGCCCGCACAAGAUAGAUUGUUUUAUUUCAAGGCCAACCGAAAAGACCAUUUUCCUACUAAUAAUGUAUGGUGUGAGCUGUCUGUGUUUGCUUUUGAAUGUUUGGGAGAUGCUCCAUUUGGGAUUUGGCACAAUCCGGGACACGUUAAACAACAAAAGAAGAGAGCUGGAAGACUCUGGUACCUAUAACUACCCUUUUACUUGGAACACACCAUCUGCUCCUCCUGGCUAUAACAUUGCGGUCAAGCCGGAUCAAAUCCAGUAUACUGAAUUGUCCAAUGCCAAAAUGGCCUACAAACAGAACAAAGCCAAUAUAGCUCAGGAACAGCAGUAUGGAAGCAAUGAAGAGAACAUUCCAGCCGACCUUGAAAAUCUGCAGAGGGAAAUUAAAGUGGCUCAGGAACGCCUGGACCUUGCGAUCCAGGCUUAUAACAACCAAAACAAUCCCAGCAGUUCCAGAGAGAAGAAGUCCAAAGCAGGCUCAAACAAAAGCAGUGCCAGUAGCAAAUCAGGAGACGGGAAGAACUCUGUCUGGAUUUGAUGUUGGUUGAGUUUAAAUAUUGUGUUUUUCUCCUCGUUUAUCAUAACCAGCAACCCCUUGAAUAAUUGCUUCUACUGAGUAAAUAUUUGGCUCUGCUUAUUUUCAGGGAUACCAUUGGCUAGCGAUCCAGGCUCUCAGAAAGUGUUUAUACACAUAUUCUAGCAUUACAGAACUUUAUUCUUCUGUCUUCCAAGUCAGGAGACAAAUAAGUAUAUUUAAAUCAUUCUCUUUGAACGGUUUAUGCUGUAUGUACAGUAUUAUAGUACAUUUAUUAUGCACAACUUUUGUAUUUGUACACUGGAUCUCUGAACUUACACUUUUUUAUAUUAAUGAAGAGAGAACGGUAGGUAGCUGUUAGCAUUUUGUUAGUUUUAUUACUGUGGUCUGCAGGUUCAUUGUUUUUUGUUUUGUUUUGUUUUGUUUUAAAUGUAAAACUUUCUAUGCUGCAUUUCAAAAGUGCCUCGAACACACCACGGAAGAUUCUUUGGCUAUCACUUAGCAGCAGAGCAGUGAAAGAUUCGGAGGAUAUCUGUUAAUGGUGCUGCUGAUUGUACUUUUACAAAAAUGAUGUGCUACUUAAAAACAGAAGAGUCAUACUAUGAUUAAUAUGUGCUACAGUUCUUUUUAACCUAUGGAAAAUUACUUACGGAAAAAUGCAUAUGUAUUAAAUGCUUGUGUUCAGAGCAAGAUUGCUGCCAUAGCGCAGAGUGGGGUCAGACCUCCCUGCAAGCUUUAUUCAACAGGAGGGAGGAGAAACUUGAUCUCCUGUAAAAUAUUCAAAAAAAGUAAACAGAAAUUUACUGUAUUCAGUAAUUCCACAUAUUUAUGUAAUAUCUAUGGAAACAUAUGUUUUAGAGGUCUGUUAUUAUAUAACACCCCACCCCUGAGGGCAUUAAAUUGUUACAAUACCUUUUGGAUAACAAAUUUCUGUCUUUUCGAAGUAAUCUGGUUAGAUGGAGUCAUGGUAAUUUUUUUUCCCAUGCUUUACAUUCAAGGAGUAACCUUCCUCCCCCCCCCCCGCACCCAGCACACACGCAUGCUGUCUACAAGAGUUUUUACAAAGCAGUUGCUGAAUAUAAAUGAUAAUGCCUUAUUCCAACCCCUCUUCCUUCCAUUAUGUCCGAGGAAUUAAGUUCAGACAGAGCAAUAUGUAUAAUUUAGAUUUCUGCUUGAGAGACCAGUCAGAUUUGGCAUUCUGUGGUCUUGGCAUUAAACUUGAAUUUAUAAUUAGAAAAAGGCAAACGCGGUAUUUACUGCCUUUGGCGGUGUCUUUUUGGCAAGGAUGAGCAUUAAUGUUUGAGAGAUGCUGAUAAAUCUGUAUGCUUUUUUUGCUACUAUUUAUAAUGUAGUCAGGAGCUUGCUCUGUUUUCUCUUUUGUUAGGUUUUAGCCCAUUUCAUAUAUGGGGAGGGGGUGGUUUCAAGCGGGAGGGGAACUGUCGUGUUUCGAGGCUACCUCAGUCUUUACUGCCCUUGUUACAGUCUGCUCAGGAGCAGGACUGAGACGUAAGGCUACGUAGAAGAGCGCAUGUAAACCCGUUCUCCAGCUCUGUUCUGCAGAGCAUCUAAGUGGAGGCUUUACGUUAAAUUUAAGGAGAUAUGAGUUACCCCAUGGAAACUGCAAGCACGUGCUCACAUCCCUUUGCUUUACCCAAGCAUUUGCUGAAAACAGAGGUUUUGCUGAAUUGUUUUCAUGGUCUGUUUUCACUUUGGGACCCCAGACAGUCUUGAGUGUCCAAGCGUAGUUGUGUUUUGGAAGCAAACUUGCUCCUUCUUCUGCCAGUACUGUCUGCCCCUUAUUCUGGGAAAGGAGCAACCUCACAAUUUCACACGUGACAGCUUUGGGAUGGUCUUUUUCUCUUAACUGAUAAAAAUACUAAGUAUGUAGCCAGCUCUGAAAGCUUAAGUGGACUCGCAGGCUGAGACAGCUAGCCGGUGGGAUGAGCGUUGUGGGGUGAGAGAGUUUAGUGGUGUUCCCUUAGUUAAACAGGAGGAUGAAGAGAAGUACACUGCCUGGGGACGGGCAGAGAGGCUUUGCCUGUGGAAAGAUGCGAGUGUGCGGGAGAAGCUGGGUGAAAAACAUGUUGUCUGAAAGUACUAGAGAAAGACAUUUGGAGCCUGGAGAUAAACACUGAUGCAUGGCUACAAUGCGCUCAUUAUCCCCAAACACUGCGGCUCAGUUGUUCUUUUCAGCUUCCCAAAAGGGUUGUGUUGCUUUUAACCCCAUGAGAUGAUUCUGAAUGCCCUUUAAUCAGCCGAAUUGCAAGAAGUUAGAAUUCUUCUCCCCUUGCUGCUGUCUUCACAAACUGUAUCAGUGCAGCACUUUCUUGUUAAUAGCUUAAAUUACCUUUGCAAUCAGUUCAUCGCAGCUGCUUCACCUGCUAUUUGUAUUAGCCCUUUCCUGAUUAAUAAUCUAAACCAUUACCUGCAUAAAACUAUGUCUCAGGUCAGCCCUGUGAGCUUUUGUCCAGACUGGUAAAUAAUUCCAUUAGUGACCAGAGUAUUUAGGAUAUUCCACUCCCAGUGCCAAAUUCACUCCAAAAAAGUAAUGGGACUGUUUUUGUUAUCAUUUUAAUUGUGUAAAAAGGUGCACAUUUUCUUUGAAACUGAGUGUGUAUUAUUAGUAGCGGAUGUCUGUUAAAGCCCUAAAUGUUCAUGUCUGUGACUGUAUUCAAUUUCAAAGUAUUGGGCUUGAUUUUUUUUUUCCUUUUGAAGAAGUGAUACAUGCAUUACUUUAAAAUGCUCUCCUGCUUUGGCUUAAAUUUAGGCCAUUCUGAAAUAAACAUUCAGAACAGACUUUUUAAAAAAAAAAUUGAACGUAACUUGUAUUUGUGUUGUCAUUCUCUGGUUUUGGAUGCAGUUUGGAAGAAUAUCUAUUAAAUCCAGUGGAUUACUGAAAAAUCCACUCUGAAUGAGAUGGCUUGUUUUCCAGCAAUAGAAUAUGCGCUGAAUAUGUGAGUGGGGGAGAGGGAUAUUUAAUGAUUUGUCUUACACAACAACUUGGAAUUUUUAUAUAUUUGACCUUGUUUACUCUAAUAAAGAGUUAGUUAGAAAUCGA